CCCCGUGACGUCACGCCGCCAUGACGUCGCCGCUCCCUCCCCGCCCGCCCGGCGCCGCCAUGUUCAAGGUAAUUCGGCUGGGGGCCACCCCUGUCAGCCUGAGCUUGCUCUCUGUCCAGGUUUAUGCUGCUUCCUCAGAGAAGACUUCCAAAAAGGAGUUGCUGAAAAUUGAGGAGCUGUCACUCUACUCCUCUCCAGCUCGUGAGACUAAAUAUGUGGAGAAUCCACAAACUGAAUUGGAAGAGGGGGUUUCACGUUUACGACAUGCUAUGGAGCCAUAUACAGCCUGGUGUCAGGAUCUUUAUGCCAAAGCUAUGCCCAAUUUAGAAAAAGCUGUUGAGCAUGGUAGAGAGGGCUAUGAAUUUCUCCAAAAGCCGCCUGCUGGAUUUUAUCCAAGACUUGGUGUGAUAGGUUUUGCUGGAAUUAUUGGAUUGUUUCUUGCUAGAGGCUCAAAAAUCAAGAAGUUGGUGUACCCUGUGAGUCUCAUGGGUAUUGCUACCUCCAUGUAUUACCCUCAGCAAGCGGUUGCUAUUGCAAAGGUUGCUGGCACACAGCUGUAUGAUUGGAGUCUUCAGGGAUAUAUUGCUGUAGAAUCUCUUUGGAAGGAUAAUCCUAAGAAAAAGAAAUCUGGGGAAAAAAGUGAUAAGGGUGAUGCAGUUGGUGACAAGGCCCUGGAAGUCCAUGCUGCUUCAAAUAAAGAGCGAGCCCAGAAGUAAAAUGCUACAUCACCUGGCAUCAGACAGGUGAAGAAAAAUAUAGAUAUAAGCAACAAUUUCCCAAGAAAAAGAUGAAAACCCAUCUGAAUCCAUUUUGAAUGUGACUAAUCUGCCUUCUGCCUCGGGACAGUCUGACUGUGUGCUGCUCAGGCUUCUGGUAUGGAUUCUGUGAAAGGACAUUACGUGUUUUGGGUCAGUCUGGAGACCUCGUCCUCGGUUCUGCAGUGGGACUGAAGUCUGCUCAUGCUUGUCCCAUUGCAGGAUCAACACUGCAAGUAGCGAGUCUCUGAAUCCCUGAAUCUCUUAUUAUUUAUAUAUAAAAUAAAAUUCCAGAUACACAAAAUGGUCCAGUUUUUUCCCUCCUCCUAACUUCUUUAAAGUCGUGGAUGCGAUGUUUGCACAAUCUGUGGAAGGUUCUAGAGAGGUUGUUGACAGUGCCUGUAUUUUUUUACCAGUGAGGGGAAGCUGGAAGUAGCAUGAUGUUUUGGCUGACACGGGCUCAUAGAAUUAGGAAUGGGAACAAUUACAA